AUGUUCUUCAAGAAUCGACGAAGUAGGGCAAACAGUUACGUCGAAAACGAGCCGAAUCCUCGCUCACAGUCGUUCGACGAUUACGUAGAUAAGCGCCCGGAAUCGAGUCGCAAGGAGUCCCACCACAGCCAACCGCUUUCACCCACCGAGGACCAAGAUAUGUAUCCCCGCCAACAGCAACCCCAGGAGCCGGUCUUCGCUCAGAACCCUCCACCACAACACAACGCCAUGCCCAUCAGGACCCAGGCAGUUCCGCCUACCGGCAACACCAACCCCAUCGGCAUGGGCAUGCCCGAUCUGAUUACUGCCGCCUUCAACCAGGCCGUGCAGCCCUACCAGGAGAAGAUUGAGCAGCUCGAGAGCCAGCUUGCCGACAUGCAGGCAUGGGUAGAUCAGCUUGAGCAGCAGCGCGCAGAAGUGCACAACUGGAUUGACAAGCGGGGGCUGCGACCUGACGUGCCUGCUUCCAUCGCAAAGAUCAUGGACACGACAACUGCUGACGCUGCCCCCACUCUCAACGCGCAGCUCGACCGCAAGAUCACCAUUGUCAACUUCGACCUGCACCGUCUUCAGGACGACCUCAACGACUCUAUUUCCUCGUCGCACUUUGCCUCCGCCAUGCUCAAGUUCCUGCCCGAUAUCCAGCGCCUGACGCUGCUGCCGUCGGGACCCCGCUAUGCCUUCGAUCUCAUCCUGAAGCUCGGCGGCAACCUCAACUCGCACGGCGGUAUCGAUAGCGCCGAUGCCGGCGACAUUGCAGCACGCCGCGACUUCUACAACAGGCUCGACGAGACCAUGGUCGACGUGGUGCAGCGUCGCUUUGGCGAGGGCGAGGGCUGGGACGUCAAGCGCGAGAUCAAGCGCAUCGAGAAGACAGCCAGCUACCUCAAGACUUAUGGCGUCGAGCCAUACUUCCCCUCAACUCUCGACAUGAUGAAGCGCGAGAUGGAGUUCCAACCUAACGGUGUGCCCAACGGCCAAGGGACUCCUCCGCGUUACCACUAG